AAGGCAGCAAUGGCCAGUGGCAUGUCUGACACGGCUAACCACCUGCUUUUCUUUUUCGGCAACAUCACCCGAGAGGAGGCAGAAGAUUACCUGGUCCAGGGGGGCAUGAGUGAUGGGCUCUAUCUGCUGCGCCAGAGCCGCAAUUACCUGGGAGGUUUUGCCCUGUCUGUGGCCUAUGGCAGGAAGGCCCACCACUACACUAUCGAGCGUGAGUUGAACGGGACCUACGCCAUUGCCGGCGGCAGGACCCACAGCAGCCCUGCCGAGCUCUGCCACUAUCACUCCAGGGAGUCUGAUGGGCUCAUCUGCCUCCUCAAGAAGCCUUUCAACCGGCCACCCGGGGUGCAGCCCAAGACUGGACCCUUUGAAGACUUGAAAGAAAACCUCAUUAGGGAAUAUGUGAAACAGACAUGGAAUCUGCAGGGUCAAGCUUUGGAGCAAGCUAUCAUCAGUCAGAAACCCCAGCUGGAAAAAUUGAUUGCCACCACUGCCCAUGAAAAAAUGCCCUGGUUCCACGGGAAAAUCUCUCGAGAUGAAUCGGAGCAGAUUGUCUUAAUAGGAUCAAAGAUCAAUGGAAAAUUUUUGAUUCGUGCCCGAGACAACAAUGGGUCCUUUGCUCUCUGCCUGCUGCAUGAGGGGAAGGUGCUGCACUAUCGCAUUGAUAAAGACAAAACCGGGAAACUCUCCAUCCCCGACGGGAAGAAGUUCGACACACUGUGGCAGCUAGUCGAACAUUACUCUUAUAAACCAGAUGGUUUGUUAAGGGUACUUACAGUUCCCUGUCAAAAAAUUGGCACAGAUAAUGGAAAUAUUAAUUUCAGGCCUCAGCCACCACUUCCAAGUCCCCACUCAAUGACUUGGUCAGCGGGUGAAAUAUUCUCAAGACUCAAAUCCUACUCCUUCCCAAAGCCUGGGCAAAGAAAGCCAUCCCCAUCCCAUGGGAACCGGCCAGAAAGUUCUGUGUUUAAUCCUUAUGAGCCAGACCGAGGACCGUGGACCACUGAACGAGGUCUCCAGAGAGAAGCCUUGCCCAUGGACACUGAAGUGUAUGAAAGCCCCUAUGCAGACCCUGAGGAAAUCAGGCCCAAAGAGGUCUAUCUGGAUCGAAAGCUGUUGACCCUGGAAGACAAAGAGCUUGGCUCUGGAAACUUUGGAACUGUGAAAAAGGGUUAUUACAAAAUGAAGAAAGUUACAAAAACAGUUGCUGUGAAAAUACUAAAGAAUGAAGCCAAUGACCCUGCUCUCAAGGAUGAAUUGUUAUUAGAAGCCAAUGUCAUGCAGCAGCUCGAUAACCCUUACAUUGUGCGUAUGAUUGGAAUCUGUGAGGCCGAGUCCUGGAUGCUGGUGAUGGAGAUGGCAGAGCUCGGGCCUCUUAAUAAAUACUUGCAGCAAAACAGGCACGUCAAAGAUAAGAACAUAAUAGAGCUGGUCCAUCAGGUUUCUAUGGGAAUGAAAUAUUUGGAAGAGUGCAAUUUUGUUCACAGAGAUCUAGCUGCAAGGAAUGUGUUACUGGUUACUCAGCAUUAUGCCAAAAUCAGUGAUUUUGGACUUUCCAAAGCACUGCGUGCUGAUGAAAAUUACUACAAGGCCCAGACUCAUGGAAAGUGGCCUGUAAAGUGGUAUGCUCCAGAAUGUAUCAACUACUACAAGUUCUCAAGCAAAAGUGAUGUCUGGAGUUUUGGUGUGCUGAUGUGGGAAGCAUUUUCCUAUGGACAGAAGCCAUAUAGAGGAAUGAAAGGAAGUGAAGUGUCUGCUAUGCUAGAGAAAGGAGAAAGGAUGGGGUGCCCUCCAGACUGUCCAAGAGAGAUGUAUGAGCUAAUGAACCUAUGCUGGACCUAUGAGGUGGAGAAAAGACCUGGAUUUGCAGCAGUGGAACUGCGGCUGAGGAAUUACUACUACGACGUGGUUAACUAAAUAUCCUAGUGUUGUUGUCUGUGCCUGCCUUUUGUUAGACAACCAUAAAAAAAAUGUACUUAAGUGAGUUUGAUUUUGAGUGCUUCUAUUGUUCUCUGCCCACUGGAGCUGCAAGCCUCGUGUGGAAGAUCCUUGUAUGUAUGCAAAUAAGGCACAAAACAUCUGAGCAGCAGGAUCAAAGAGCUGCCUGAUCCGUUUGUUUUCUUGUACACAUAGUUUUCUUGACAAGUUAAUUUUAGGGGCUAUUUCCAAAUUCCUUUUAUGUCUUCCCAGUCCUUUGGAUCCUGCGAAGCAUUUGAAUACCUAGCAGAUCCUGAGUCUUGACCAAGGAUGUUCUCCCUCUGUGAUGCAUAGCUCAUGAACUCAUAAUUCUUAACGUGUCCCAAGGAUACAUUUGAAGCAUGGCUUGUGGAAUGUGAGAGUACAAGGGAAAAUAAGAAAGGAACUUGGGAGUAUCUAGAAUGUGCUUUUGACAGUGUUUAAAAUGUAUACCUGUGUGGUAGUCAGAUGAUUUUAAGUCAACUAGAUGCUCAUGGCUAGGAGUAAUGGACUCAGGCUUGUCAAUCAGGCCACAGCCUGAUGCUUCUUCCGUGGGGUGUAUCCUUCCCCUAAGGAGGACCCUGGAAGAGAGAAGGUUCUCUUUUCCUCUCCCUCCCCAUUCACCUGCCUGCUUGCUGGACACGCUGAACCUGCUAGAGCCCUGCCAUGUUUCCACCAACCUUGGACCUAUGUGACUCUGCACCCACUGGUCUGGGAUGUUGCAGUCUGUGUCACUGUGGCUACGUGAAUCUGAAGAGUGGCUUAUGGACUGGUAUUGGACUUACAGAUUGAGUUGGACUGGCCUGGCACACUUUCUUGCUGUGUAAUAUUAUCUUGAUAAAAGCAUUUUCUUAUACAUAUAUGAGUGUCACUGGAUUUGUUUGCCCUGUCAACCCAGCCUAACAGCCUGGUUGCUUAAAAACUUUCCUAAGGAUAAAAUG